CCGAGGAGCCGCCGGCAGCAUCGUGGCAGCCCCGCGUCCCCAUGGUGCUGGGUCAGGGUGGAGAGGGCGACGCCGCUCCGGCAGCGAGCGGGCAGGAUCCGGAGCUGCCGCCUGGCUGCGAGGACGGGCCGGGCGCGGUGCAGCCGUCCGUGUGCCCGGCGCCCGGCGUCGAGGCGGCGGGCGCCGAGGAGCGCCGCGCUUGUGGCUGCUGCUCGGGCAUGUCCUGGCCGUUCUGCUGCGAGGCACCUGGGAGAAAGAAGAAGGCUGGGUGUCCAGGACUUGGUCUGUUUUAUACCAUACUGUCUGCCUUCCUUUUCUCACUGGCCUCUGUACUUCUUAAAAAAAUAGAGGAUGUACAUUCAGUGGAAGUGAGUGCAAUUCGAUGUAUUUUCCAAAUGGCAUUUGUUCUUCCUGGUUUAAUAUACUACAAAACAGGAUUUUUGGGACCAAAAGGUAAAAGAAUUUUUCUUUUCUUCCGAGGAUUCCUUGGCUCUACUGCAAUGGUUCUUCUCUACUACGCUUACCAAGUCAUGCCAUUAGCUGAUGCCACUGUUAUAACUUUUACCAGUCCUGUUUUUACAUCGUUGCUGGCGUGCAUCUUUCUCAAAGAGAAAUACAGCCCUUGGGAUCUCCUGUUUACUCUCUUUGCAGUCACUGGAGUGAUUCUUAUUGCCAGACCACCAUUUCUGUUUGGCUCCCAUGCCUCGGGCAUUGAAGGAAGUUACUCAAAUCACCUUAAGGGAACUAUAGCAGCGAUUGCAAGCACGUUAUCCGCAGCUUCGACUAUUGUUAUACUGAGGAAGGUGGGAAAAUCCGUGCACUACUUCUUGUCAAUUUGGUAUUACGCCGUCAUUGGAUUAGUUGGAUGUCUUAUAGCCUUGUUUGUUUUGAAUGAAUGGCGUUUGCCGCACUGUGGUAGAGAUAGGGUUUUUCUAAUAUUAAUAGGCUUGUUGGGGUUGGGGGGUCAGAUAUUUCUCACAAAAGCAUUGCAGAUAGAGAAAGCUGGACCUGUAUCGAUAAUGAGGACAAUGGAUGUGGUGUUUGCUUUUAUUUUACAAGUCCUUUUUCUCAAUCACCUACCAACUUGGUGGACUGUGGGUGGUGCCCUCUGUGUAGUAGCCAGUAGUUCUGGAACUGCCAUUCGUAAGUGGAGACAUAGUGUGAAAAAAGCUAAACAGAGGGAAAUAUAACAAUAUAGACACUAAUUCAUUACAGAAACAAGCAAUCUUGAAAGAUGUAUAAUACAAUAUUUAUUUUUAUUUAUUUUAAGUGUCCCCUUUACCAAAUUGUAGCACCAAAUUAUAUCCGGUAAAAUAAGUUGACUUUUUACCAAAAUUGAAGAUGCUUUAGCAACUGAUUAGGUAUAUACUUUCCAUUCUUAUACUUAGGCAUGCUAAUAUGGGCAGUAGAAAGAUACCUAAAAGUUGUUGCUUCAUUUCAAAAGUGGACAAUAUUUAUUUUCUUAGGGUUCGACUCUCCACUUAGACUCUUUCUUUAUUUUUCAAAGCAGUGGAAAUAAGUCUCCCAGGCUUAAUACUAUUCCAUGCUUGAUUACCACAGGGAUUGCAGUACAAAAGUUAGAAGGGCAUGAAGAGUUGAUAAUCCUUAAACAACCAGCUUUUGUAGAACAGAUAAAGCUUUUACUUCUAUAAGCUUUCUAAUUAUUAUUUUGCACAAAACAGAUGCCAAAUGUGGAUUUAAUUUUAAUUUGAAUUCUAAAAGAACAAAAGCGAUUUCAUUAUUUCAAGUAAUAUCAAGAGAAAACUAACUUGUGAAGUUACCUAUAAGCUUUGCUUUUUUAAAAAAAGAAUUUUAAGUGUUUGCACUUACUUCACAAACAUAGUGAAACAAUCUAAUCACGUUUUUUUUCAAAAGUGAUUUUCCCUGUAAACAUGUCUUUAGUUGCUGCAGUCUCAGUGAUGAGAGACAACAGUUAAUUCUAUACCACCCAUAAAUUAGCCCUUCCUUCUGGUAUGGAAUGCUGCGCUGUAGCUGCACUUUUCUUUAUUCUAUGCAAAAGAUCAUAUUUUUUAGGUAUUUAAUAUAGGUUAUUUAAUGCUGCUUAUGACCCUUUUUAGAUUCUUCUAUACUAAAGUUCUUUAUGAGACCAAGUUUGAGUCUCCUUUGCCUUCAUAAACUUAGGAGGAUUUACAUUAAAACUUUUGCUUAUUUUAUAAGAAUGUACAAGAGUGCAAUGUAAUUGCAGUUUCACAGAAGAUGCAGGUUGGCCAAGGUCAUACAGGGGUUCUGCAGAAGAGGUUUGAGGAAAGCUUGGUGGAAGGGUGAUACUAUGCAUACACAUCACAUUCAGGCAUCCACACAGCAUCACACAGUGCUAGUGGGCAGCUUCAGUCCCACUGCUCACACUGGCCCUCUUAAGUCUGUAUCACUUCUCUUGCACAUCUCACUUUUGUAGGCUUUAUCUUGAAUGCAACAAAUACUUUUAUUACUGACCUUGGUGUCCUUCACAUUUCAGGACUGAAUGUUUAGUAUCAGGAAGUGGGAUUUUCCCAAGUUGAACAGUACAUACUCUGGGUCUUGUUUCAGUGAAGUUUAAAGAAAACUUUAACUUGAAACUUUAUUUGGUCCUUUGUAUCUUGAGGAGGUUUUCAGUUACUUACUCACUCUAGUCUUUUUCUAGAAGAGAAUGAUGUGUUCUGUACACUUGAUAGAUUUUUUUUUCUAAAUCACUAAAGGUGGUGGAUGUUUUCUUAUUUUGAUUUAUAUAUGUCUGGUCUUUUGGUCAUCUGAUGUCUGGUUUCUUUUGCCAAUAAGCAUUACAUCCUGUCAGGGCAGAUCUUGGGACUUCAAUCCCAAAGGCACGAAUGCAAAUAGUACUUCAGGGUCAGAGUAUCAUAUGAUACAUUAAAUCAGAAAGGGCCUGUCAGGAUCAUUAAGUCCAACUUCUGGCCCUCCAGGACACCACAAGAGUCACACCAUGUGCCUGAGAACAUUGUCCAAGUGUUCCUUGAAUCAGACAGGCUUGGUGCUCUGACUACUUCCCUGGGGACCUUGUUCCAGUCCCCAAAUAUCCUCUUGGUGAACCUUUUCUGAUAUCCAGCCUAAACCUCCCCUUACUCAGCUUCAGGCCAUUGACUUGAGUUCUGUCACUGAGUGCAGGGAGAAGAGAUCAGCACCUGCCCCUCCACUUCCUCUUAGGAGGAUGUUGAAUACCUCAGUGAGAUCUCCCCUCAAUUUCUUCUUCUCCAGGGUGAACAGGCCAAGUGACCUUAGCAACUCCUCCUAAGUCUUCCCCUGCAGACCCUUCACCAUCUUCCUGGCCCUCUAUUAAGCUCUCUAACAGCUUAAUGUCUUUUUCUUACAUUAUAGCACCCAAAACUGCCCCCAGCAGUCACUGCAGCACCCAGUUGUGGGACAAUCCCCUCCCUUGCCCAGCUGGCAAUUCUGUGCCCAGUGCUCCCCAGGGCACCAUUGGCCCUCCAGGCUGCCAGGGCACUGCUGACUCGUAUUCACCUUGCCAUCCACCAGGAGCCUCAGAUCCCUUUCUGUGGUGCUUCUCUCCAGCCUCUCAUUCCCCAGCCUGUCUGUUGCCCCACCCCAGCUGCAGAAUCUGUCACUUGACUUUGUUAAACUUCGUAUGUUUGGUGAUUGCCCAGCCCUCUAAUUUACCAAGGUAUCUCCAGGGCCUCCCUACAUUUGAGGGAGUCAACAGCUCCUCCCAAUUUAGUGUCAUUAUUGGUAUUCCUUGGAGUCCUGCAUCCAUGUCAUUAAUGAAGAUGUUGAAGAGAACUGGGCUGAGGCUAGAGCACAUUAGAGGCUGGGUGCCAGCCUGAUGGCACCCCACUCUCUGUAACUCUUUGUGCCUGACCCGUGAGCCAGUUGCUCACCCAUUGUGUAAUACAGUUAUCCAGCUAUGUGCUGGCCAUUUUGUCCAGAAGGAUGCUCUGACAAAAACUCUGCUGAAGUCCAAAAAGAUUUUGUGUAUUGGCUUUCCUAGAUUGACUAAGUGGGCUACCCUGUAAUGGAAGGAAAUCGGGUUUGACAAUGGAGACUUGCCAUUCAUGAAGCCAUGGUGGCUGGGACCAAUGACCGAAUUGUCCUCCAGGUGUUUUUCAUUACCUCACAGAAAAACCUUUUCUAUAUAUCUGGAUAUGAGGAGCUGUCUUUGUCCAAGUUUCUGUGGGUAAAACCUGCACCCUGAAUCUGAAUAUGUUUAUGGAUAUGAGAAGAUUCCACUUGAGUGUUAGAAUCGGUUCCUGCUUACAGCUGUCUGUUCUCUGCUUUUCCUGAAUGCUGAAGCUCAGCUACUGCUGACAAGGUCAGGAAACUGCUUUACUAUCUCUUAAAUGCCUCACAUAAUAAAAUUCCAGUUUGGCACCUUUUUUGCUUAAUACUUGAAACUGUGAACUGGGAUUGUUUUCCUGCUCCUGAACCAUCACUGCCACUGAGAGCAGCUUUCAGGAGAAGGAAGGAAAACAGACUGCUUCAUUUUUUACUGCAUUUUUUACUGCUUCAGUUCAUGUGUAAUAUGCAUGUGUUUGAAUUACCACUUACAGAGGUGUGGUUCCAAAGCAGUUCAGAUUGAUGCAAACUUGGAUUGUCAGCUAGCCCUGCUGUCUCCUCUUGGCUCAAUGCUUAUGUGGUUAUGUGAUGAUGAGCUACCCCUGGGAGCUGAUCCAGUACAUAUCUUUUUAGUAAGGUUGUUGGAAAGGGCGAAACUAGUGUAGUCUAAACUUGAUGACAGUAUAAAAACAUUAGGAAGUUGAAUUAGGUAAUAGUUUAAAUUACAGCAUAUGAAUGCUGCUUUGUCAGAACAAAAAAGAGUAAAAAUUAUGUGGAAGCUUACAUUAAAAAAACAUCUUUAGUUUGUAUAAUUUCAAUGAAUCUUGUUUACACUUGGUAGAGAAGAACAGGUUACUGAAGAAAGGAUUGUUUCCUCGCCCUUAACACACAAGUCAAUGUAAAAAGAAAACAUGCUACAUGACCAGAAAUCAACAUCUAGUUAUAGUGGUUUGUAAUUUGUCUCAAGUUCUAGCAGAAACUCUUUCAAAAUAUUGCUUGUGCCAAAACUCCCAGAUGAUUGGUUUUUUUCUUUGUUCAAACAUACAGGGUUUCCUUAUGGCUUCAUCUGCUUAUUUCCUCUUGCUGUUCUUAAACCUUGCUAAAUAUUUAAGUUGUUAAAAUAAUAAUCUAAACCAGAUCCUAUGUUGGAGGAUGUAUGUUUUGGAACACUAUUUUGAUUUUUAUCGAUCUUUUAGGGAACUAUUUAACUGGAAUAACUGGAAUGAGAAUGAAGGACUUGACUAGGGCUUCUCUAUCCAUAAAGUAUGACAAGCUAGUUUCUGUAAUUGGUUUUUCUAGAUGAUGCUGGGAAUGAAACACAUUUAAGCUUUAAGUUCUUGAACCACCUCAAUUUUAAAAUUUUUCUUCCUGUCAGAUACAGGCUGAAAACCUAAAUAUUAGUUGCAAGCCUUAAGGAUAAUGACACUACAGAAGUGUGGACAGCAUGAAAUUCUAGGGUUUUUAAAUUGAAAAUAUUUCUUAACAUUUCUGUUAGGAGGGUAAAACUUUUCUUCAAAGCUUAACAGUUUGAGAAUCUGAAAUGAAACUGGCUGAGCCUUGAUUCUUUUAGAUUCUGAUCUUUUUUAGCUUUUUAAUACAGCAAGUUUCUCAGGGUCAAAACUUAUUUUUCUGAGCUUUGAGUCAGAAAUAUAUUGAUGUUCAUUGUCUGUAGUGUCCUGUUGUGAUCUUUACUUUAAAGUUGGAUAAAUAUAUUAUUCUAAAAGAAACUCUUUCCUAUGUAAUAUGAUGGAAUAUUGUUGCAUUGUAAUUGCUUUGUUAUGAUGUUAAGUUUCUCUUGAAUUCCAACGUAUUCAUUCAAUGUUCAGUGGAUUCUGAAUAGAAAGAGUAAUAAUUAAUUACUGGUUACUUUGCACAGAAACAUAGGGAUAAAAAGAUGUAGUUGUUACUGAUGCAUCAUAAGCUUGGUUCAUAUGUUCUUUGCUAUGCAAGACACUGAUUGCUGGUGGUCUUCAGUGAGACUUUGUAGCCUUAAAGCCUUAUCUACCCAACUCUUCUGUAGAAAGCUGCUGGCUUUGUACUGUCGCUGUGCAGCAGACAAUUUCUUUCAGAUUAAGUUGGUUGUUUAAAGGAUGCUCUAAAAGCCCUUUAAAUAAGGGCUUUUAAAUGUCUGCACCAAGAAUUUGACAAACUCAUUGUGUAGGCAAGGGUGGUCUAUAUAAUUAAAAUGGAUUUCCAGUGUUUGUCUAACACCAGGCAUAAAGUAACCUCAACAUAACAACAUUGGUGAUACUACUAAUUAAAUGUGUAAUUUUUAUUCUGAAAACAGAUUCCCAAGUCCAAAAAGUAGUCCAAGAUGGUUCUUCCUGUAAUUAGUAAUGGCAAAAUGGAUCGUACUUCCCUUGAUCAUAAUUUAAAAUAAACAACUACUCCCAUGGUAUUUUCUCUUCUUUGAGCUUUUGUUUGAGAGCUGUCUGUUGGAAGGUUUAUUUCUAGGGAGACAGCCUCUUUCAAAGUUAUUUCCUUGUAACUAGCAGUAGUUACCCAGGAAGAGUCUGUUUACCAUGGCAGGCUCAUCUGUGGCAUCAGCCCCACAAGGGUAAUAAAAACAUUGUCUCUGUCCCUGCAUGGAGUCAGUGUUGGCAGUGCUGCCAACAGAUGCCAACACUGAAUUCAGCAGGACAUUGCAGCUACCAGCAGAAUGGUUUUGGGGUCGUUACUGCCAGUCCAUCCAAAGAAAAGUUGUGCUUUAAGUUCCUGCAGAUGCAGGUGACUUCAGGGGGGAACACACAUAGAGUUCUAUGGUGAUAACUUCUGUAUAUCAGAAUGAGUAAUUUCCUAUGUUAUGUGAAUUAUUGUUUGACAAAAAGGGGGUAAAAAUACCCCCAGCAUUAAUUAAAGAAUUUUUGCUAUGUCCUAUGUAUUGUUAAAUAUAUGAUGAAUUAUAUGUUUUGUAGAAGUUACUGGCUUUGUUAUGUAGUAGUAUAUUUUUAUAGACAAUUCUUAUAUUGAAAUGUUAAGAAUAUUUUCUUAAGAGAUUUAUAUUCCUCAUUGCUAAUAAAAUGAUCCUGAAGAA